AUGUGUGCUGCUGCUGUUCAGUCUUUAGCACAUUGUUCGUCAUUAUCUGUUAUGAAGAAAACUGCACCUGGGGCAAGACCGGAAGUUGAUUAUGUUUUAGAACAACGUGUAACAACAAUCGGCGUUUCUCUUCUUAUCGGGCUAAUCGCAUUUGGAGGAAAUUAUUUAAGAUUACCAUUAGCUUCUCUUUUUGGUGUUUUUCUAUAUUUGGGUGUUAUGAAUUUGAGAGGGGUUCAAUUAAUUCAUCGAAUUGUUCUUUUCUUUAUACCCAAAAAGUAUUUGCCUGAUACAAGAUAUGCACAAGAGAUGAGCAUUUGGCGAAUGCAUUUAUAUACUUGGAUUCAAUUAAUUUGCCUUUUUGUUGUUUACACAGUUAAAUAUUUUAAAAAGACUGCUUUGGCUUUUCCUUUUGUUUUAAUGUUAUUCAUCUUCUUAAGGCAAAUUGUAUUACCACACAUUUUUACACAACCAGAACUUAAAGCGAUUGAUGGCGACGAGAGUGAGGAUGAAGAUGACUAUUACGAUCCAACAUUACCUGUCUAA